AACGCAGCCUCAGCCACACGAUGACUCAAAAGCGAUCGCGUGCCGGUUCGGACACCGGUCAAUCUGGAGCCGCGGUGCUCUUUGAUCUGCUUGAGCGUCGCACACCUGAGCCAGACGCAGGAGCCUAUCUUCUCUGUAAUGUACAGGGUUGCGGGCGGCCGGACACCACCGUUGCUGGUUGGCCCGAGUGCACCUCGUGGCCCAGUGUGCCAACCGGGAACUUGUCUCGGUUACGCAGAAGCAGGGAGAGGCGGCAUCACCUAUUACCAGCGCCUGCUUGACCUUUGCGACGCCUGUAUGUCACGUGUCCUCUGCGUCUGCGGGGAAGGCCCAAGGCCGUUCCUCACGUUCGGAAGCUCGAUGCAUGUUUUCCAUCGUCCGAUGAUCAUUCCAGUGGGUCGUCGGGGAUCUGGCAGCAUAUCUCUCUUCAACGUGACGGACAUGCUGCCGUUAAACUCAGCUGUCCUUUUUGCACCAGCAAGUACCGCUCGAAGCAGUCCAGGAGCUCUGGAGGCAGUUGCUCGCUUUCCUGUACUCCCACCACCGGCUCUACAUGGACAGGCUGGGGCGUCCGUUAGCCAGCCUCGUUCUACAUCAGAUCAAUCCGGUCUUUAGUCUCUCGGACUACCGCUGGAUUCAAGUCAUUCUGCACCAACAGUUGAAGUCCACUCGCCCUCCAGCCUUCUUGCUCUCCAGCCGACGUGUGCGUUGAGAGGUGCAGGAUUAGCAUCGGCGGGCUUCUGACUGGUACUCUGCUUAUCCCUCAUGCCAGAGUCUUGAUUUUGGUGUGUCAACACGGC